AGCUGCGAGCAAAGCCCCCCGCGGCCUCGUUGCUGGGUGUCGCCCCGGCCAUGUAGGUGCCCUCCCUGCAGUGGCACCCUCCAGGCAUGAGCCUUGUCCCAUGCAACCGCUUGCCUGAAGCAAGGGGCAAAGGGAGGUGCCGAGGUGACUACUGGGUUGAUCAUCUGGAAGUGGCGAAGGAGACAACGAACCCCCGCCCCCAUUGGAAGAACAGCGCCUUGAAGAAGAAGAGGGACUUUUCCGGGGAGCCGUCACCCAACAGCACGUGAAAGAGCGGAACGUGGGGCCGCGUUUGUGUGCACGUGAGCCAGGGAGCCGGGCUCGUUUCCAGCACAUUGGUUCCAAGUGGGGCCCCUCUGCAUCUCGCGAUGAUGUCGGUUGAAGGGUCUACCAUAACAAGCCGCAUAAGAAACCUGCUGCGCUCUCCGUCCAUUAAACUGAGGAGAAGCAAGCCUGGGACCAAGCGGGAAGACAUCAGCAGCAAGGUGACCUUGGAGAAAGUGUUGGGAAUCACCGUGUCAGGAGGCAGAGGGUUAGCCUGUGACCCCAAAACUGGUCUUGUCGCGUAUCCAGCAGGGUGCGUUGUUGUGCUAUUCAACCCUAGGAAAAACAAGCAGCACCAUAUUCUAAACAGCUCCAGGAAAACAAUUACAGCUCUCGCUUUCUCCCCUGAUGGAAAGUAUCUGGUUACUGGAGAGAGUGGACACAUGCCAGCUGUUCGGGUGUGGGAUGUGGCCGAACGAACGCAGGUAGCUGAGCUCCAAGAACACAAGUAUGGCGUGGCCUGCGUCUCUUUCUCGCCUAGCUCCAAGUACAUUGUCUCAGUGGGUUAUCAGCAUGACAUGAUCGUCAAUGUGUGGUCAUGGAAGAAAAACAUUGUGGUGGCAGCCAACAAGGUUUCAAGCAAGGUGACAGCAGUGUCAUUCUCAGAGGACUGUAGUUAUUUCGUCACAGUUGGUAACCGGCAUAUCAAAUUUUGGUACUUGGAUGACAGCAAAACCUCCAAGGUGAAUGCCACAGUCCCCUUGCUAGGGCGCUCUGGUUUGCUGGGAGAGCUGAGGAACAACUUCUUCACUGAUGUGGCAUGUGGAAGGGGUAAAAAAGCUGACAGCACUUUCUGCAUCACCUCCUCAGGCCUCCUGUGUGAAUUCAAUGAAAAACGACUGCUAGACAAGUGGGUGGAGCUGAGGACUACUGUGGCAAACUGCAUCUCUGUGAACAAUGACUACAUCUUUUGUGGUUGUGCUGAUGGCACAGUGCGGAUUUUUAACCCUUUGAACCUUCACUUUAUAACUACGCUGCCGAAACCACAUUUCUUGGGGACAGACAUUGCCAGCAUCACUGAAGCCAGCCGUCUCUUCUCUGGCAUGACUGAUGUCAAGUAUCCAGACACGAUUGCCCUGACUUUUGACCCCACCAACCAGUGGCUAUCAUGUGUAUAUAAUGACCACAGCCUAUACGUGUGGGAUGUCAAGGACCCGAAGAAAGUUGGCAAGGUUUACUCUGCUUUGUAUCACUCUUCCUGCGUGUGGAGCAUUGAGGUGUAUCCUGAGGUGAAGGACAACAAUCAGUCCUACCUUCCCCCAAGUUCCUUUAUCACCUGUUCAUCUGACAACACCAUUCGUUUGUGGAACACGGAGAGUUCCAACAUUCAUGGCUCAGCUCUGCAUCGGAACAUCCUCAGCAGCGACCUGAUGAAAAUCAUCUAUGUGGAUGACAACACUCAGUGCCUGCUUGACACUGAUUACAACUCUGGUGGGAGUGCAGAUAAAGCUGACACACAGGUUACAGACACAAAAGUGGGGAUUCGCACUGUGUGUGUGAGCCCCAGUGGAGAACAUCUGGCCUCAGGGGACAGGAUUGGCACUCUCAGAAUUUAUGAGUUGCAGUCCCUUAGGGAAAUGCUGAAGGUAGAAGCUCAUGAUUCUGAGAUCCUCUGCCUGGAGUACUCCAAACCUGACACAGGAUUUAAGCUCUUGGCAUCAGCCAGUCGGGAUAGACUGAUCCAUGUUUUGGAUGCUGGGAAGGACUAUAGAUUGCAGCAGACUCUGGAUGAGCAUUCUUCUUCCAUCACAGCUGUGAAGUUUGCAGCUAAUGAUGGGAAAGUGAGGAUGAUCAGCUGUGGGGCAGACAAGAGUAUCUAUUUUCGCACUGCACAGAAGACAGGGAAUGGGGUUCAGUUUACUCGGAGCCACCAUAUUGUUAGAAAGACUACUUUGUAUGACAUGGAUGUUGACCCCAGCUUGAAGUAUGCUGCUAUUGGCUGUCAAGACCGUAACAUCCGGAUUUUCAAUAUAAGCAGUGGGAAGCAGAAGAAGUUGUACAAGGGAUCUCAAGGUGAAGAUGGCACCCUCAUUAAAGUACAGACUGAUCCCUCAGGUCUGUAUAUUGCAACUAGUUGUUCUGACAAGAAUCUUUCCAUCUUUGAUUUCUACUCUGGCGAGUGUGUGGCCACAAUGUAUGGGCACUCAGAGAUUGUAACUGGGAUGAAGUUCAGUAAUGACUGCAAACAUCUGAUAUCUGUCUCUGGUGACAGCUGUAUCUUUAUCUGGCGUCUGAGUUCUGAAAUGACCAUCAAUAUGCGACAGCGACUAGCUGAUAUGAAGCAAAGAGGGAAGCAGGUGGAGAAAUCGCCACCUCGCAAGACGACAGGACUUAGCAGGCACGAGUCUGUCUCUGUCCUGUCCCCUGUGCCUGCACUCUCAUCAGACAGUGACAAAGAUGGUGAAGAUGAAGGGAAUGAUGAAGAUGAGUUACAUGGGUUGCAGUCUUUCCAAAUUCAAUCCAACUGCAACACUGGGAGAGACUUGGAUCCAGAAUUUACCCUCUCAAGAAGUCUCUCCUAUUGGGAAAUGAGGAGGACAAAGGAGAUCGCAGCAAAUCAGCGUUCUGAAGCAACAAUGAACAAAAUGCCCCGGCAGCGUGGGCGCUGGUCCCAACCAGCCAGUAACAUAGAGAUGACUGUUAAAUCUAUGCUUGACUUGCGCCAGCUGGAAUCUUUUUCAGCUUCUCGGUCCGCUAGCCGAGACUCGCUGUCCCAAACCAGCAAUGGGGAUGAUAAAGAAGAGCAGGCUGAUCUCCCUCCACACAUCAGCAUGGUUGGGAACUCAAUAGCUCCUGAGGAUAACCGGCCCUGUGUCCGCCCCCAGGUGAUCCGGCUUGUGUCCUGUGAAGAAGGGGUUUUUUCUCAGGAAUUGGAGCCCUCUGGGAGUGAGGAAUGUGUAAUCUACCCUGAACAAGAUGAAAUUCUUCCUGCAGAUACGAACAGUGAGUUCCGAGUAAAAGCACUGCCCCAUGGGAAGCUAGGUCGAGGCUUCCCCAGCAAUGGAUGUCCAGAUAAGCACAGCCCUGACAGUGCCUGCUCUGUAGAUUACAGUAGCAGUCGCCUCUCCAGCCCAGACCAUCCAAACGAAGACUCUGAGAGCACAGAGCCCCUCAGUGUGGAUGGGAUCUCAGACCUGGAGGGAGAAGGAGAGGAGGAUGCAGGUACUGGGAUGCUAGAGGGAGAGGUCCCCAGGACUCCAGAUCAAGAGAAGUUCCUCAAGCAGCAUUUUGAGACAUUGACCAUUACUGGUGAAAAAGGUGGAUCAUGUAGGACCCUGGAGAGAACAGAAAACCUCAGCAUUUCCUCUCGCUUUCUCUCCCAGUCCCCGGCUCUCAGGCACUUGUCACUCUCUUCAUCAAAUCUGAGUCUGGGACAAAAAUCCACUGAGUCAUCAGCCCACCUGAAGCAGAUUUCUGCCAACUUGCUAAAAAAUGGCCAUGGCUCUACUAGCACUGCCUUGGAGAAUGGCAGCUUUCUGGACAGUAUAAGUUCCCAGAGUUUGAUUUAUACCCAGAAAAAACGAAAGUCGGGUUUGGAGGCCAGUAGGAUUGCUAUGGGACCUGGAAGAGUUAUCGCACCCUUCUCAGAGGGUAUUGGGAAUUCAGUGAUGAGAAAGGCCCAGUCAGUUCAUGACCUUGUUCAUGAGGAUAAAAAUCCAGGAGUGUUAUCUUCUGCCAAGGAGCGGCCUCAGACACUAGCAGUUGUUGAGAGAGAUUCCAAAUCUAAUCCUUGCAGGACAUUGCCGACAAGUCUGCUAAAGAUGGAUGGGUCCAGCUCCCUGUUGAUUAAAGAUGCCAAGGCUACAAAACCCAAGUCCUACAUGAACCCUACAACCAGUUUUAGGGCCAAGAUGUCACGUAGCAUCUCUGUGGGGGAAAAUCUCCACCUUAGCGAUUCUGCUGAAACAUUGACUGAGGGGAGGACCAGCCCACAGGUACCAGAGAAGAACCAGUUAAAUCCACCGUCAGAGACUGAGAAGAAUAAGCCACCUCUGAAAGAAAAUGUCCCAGUGAAGCCAGCUCUUCAACAAGCCGUAAACUGUUCAUCUCCCAAGUCCUUCCACAGCAAACUGGCAUCAUCGAAUCGGGCACACCUAAUUCUUGACAUCCCCAAACCAUUGCCUGAUAGACCUACAUUGGCUUCUUUCUCACCUACUACCAAAUCCAAAACCCCACUUGAACCAGAGUCUCCACAGUCACCUGCUGGAGGCUGUAAAAAGAAAUCUUCCAUUCCAGAAGGACGGGCUUCUAAGAGGGAGAGCCAGAUUUGUGUGUUUGUUGGACUUAGUAAAGAGAGCCCAGUGGGACCUGUUAAUGAAAAUCCCUUACUGAGGACAGAUUGCCAGGAUGAACCAGAAGUUACUACUCCAAAACUGAAAGAGUUUUUAGAAGGUUUUUACCCUAGUUCACCUGAAAGCAGACCACCCAGAUGCAGAGAGGAGGUCUCCAGCAUCAGCUGUGCGCUAGAAAACCCGCCUGGACUUUGCCCACUAGAUCCCAUCAGGCCAAGGUCUCCCACAACAGUAGCUGCCUCAACACAGGUCUCAGAAUCUUCUGUCAGCCUUGAGCAAUGUGAACAUGUUGUAUCUGAGCUCCAGGACAGCAUGCGAAAGGCCAUUCAUCUUUACCACAUGGUGUCAACUGACAUGGAGUCUUCUACUGACAAAGAUAAGAUAGCUGGCCUUUUGACAGAGACAUUCUCCUCUAUGAAGAAAGAACUGGAUUCACUGAAGGAGGGAGCAGAACUCUCCAAGGCCAAGAAAGUGGUGGUAAAGCCCCAAGAGGAAAUUAGGCAGCUGACUGAGGAACAUGGAAGCACCCUAUCCAGUCCUAGGAGUUUGGGAGAUGAGCAGACUCUGGCUUUAUUGGAACAGUAUUCAGAGCUACUGCUGCAAGCUGUGAAACGGCGCAUGGACAUUUAAAGGGAUGACUUUAAGGAAAAAUGUUUUUUAAUACAUGGAAAUAGCUCCAGGAGGAAGACCACAGUGGAAGACUCAGACAAAUGCUAUCUGCACCCUUAUCUGAAGGGGGAAAAAGAUCUUUUUUAAAACUGCUUUCCUCAGGCCCAUAAAACUGAUUUGCCAUAGUUUUUAGUAAUGUGCUGGCCACAGUUUUAAUAACUUUUUCCAUUGCUCUUCAGCUUUCUGUCUCUGGACACACUGUUUUGAAAAAGAAGUUUAGAGAAACUUGUUAGAAAUUUCUUCAUAGCCAGAAUGUUUGGCAUCUCCAAUAGGAACAAAAAAAUCCAGUUUAUUCAAGAAAUUCUGAACUGCUGACUGUUGAAAGAGAUGUGGAAGAAGCCAAUUGCUCCCUCUCCAGAGUUUCAUCAGAAUCCAAAUGCAGACUCUUAAAAGUUUUAUUUAUUAAUUUAUUAUUCCUGACUGUUUCUCUAAUGUUGUCGCAUGUUAUGGUGGCCAUUUCCUUUCCUUUAUUUUUUGCUCCUUUGUCACAUCCCAGCGAGACACAAUCUCUGUAUUAUAGUAAAUCUCAACAGGGAGGCAGGCUGGAGUGUCUGUGCAAUUACUGAGCUAGUUUCUGCUUCAUCCUGUUUUGAUGAUCUUCUUUUCCCAUGUGUCUGGUUUUCUACCUUCAGUAAUCCUCCUGUUGUCAUGGUUACCCUGUCUGCUUUUCAUGCUUUUUUUAUUUAAAAAAACUGUCUCAGCUAUAAUUUAUCUGCAUUCGCCUCAAGGGGAGAGUACUCUGAUCCUUGAAGGACCAAGGUUUUCAAGAUUUUUUGUUUUAAACCAGAAUGAUAGCAGCUUUUUAAAAAUGAAAUUGACACAGUUGGUGUUCACAUACUUCAGUUUGGGUCUUUCAUCAGACAUUAAAAAUAAGAUUUUAAAUAUUGGAGAAAUGUAAAUACAGAUGCAAAGGUCAUUUGAGUCAUAUUCUGUAUUUUGCAUUUGGAUGUUAAUUUCUUGAUGUCCAUGUGACUUUGAGAAGGAGUUUUUGUGUUAAAUGUUUUCUUGGAGAAGUGGGGUGGAAGGUAGGGCUUCUAUCUCUUUAUGUGAUGCCUUUGAUAGCAGAAAGGAUUGAUACAGCUUUUGAUCCAUGCCAGUUUGAUGCUUUCAUUGUUGUGGUAGGAAAGUCUGCUAAUAGCACGCUCACUCUCUCUCUACAAGAAAACAAUAUUUACAGCCUAGAGAAGCAUAUUCUAAAACCAUUCUACUUAACUACAGAAAAUGACCUCCCAGGAAUUUUGAGUAGCCAGUAUACAUUAUAGGUGUAGAUAUAGGUUAUUGAGGAAUAUAACUGGCAGCAUCCUUCCAUUUAUUUUUUUUUCCUUUAAUGGGUCUCUCAAUUGAGAAAUAGAAACCCUAGCCCCUGCAGAAUUCAGUGUGCAAUACCCUUCUUGCCUUGCCCUUCUCCAACCCAACGAUAACUUGUGCAUUGUUUUGUCUUUGCUUGUACCUAAUAUUGCGCUUUGUCAAUAUGAAUAAGCUAGUAAAAUAAGAUGUGACUUACUUGCCCCCCCCCCAAAAUGGAUAGUUACAUAGAGUAUUCACAUCUUUUCUCUGCCUAAAAUGUUCCUCUUUCACCACUUCUCUUUUUUCAAGACUCAUACAACCCCAGUAUGUCAGCCACGCUUCAGUUAAUCUAUCCUUCAAUGGAAAUGUUUGACAAGAGGUUCUUUAAAGUUGGCCAGUGCACAAAGCGUUGUUCAGUUUUUGAGGACUUGAAGCAACCUUUUUUCCAAGUGGGAGAGCUGCCUGUCUGUUUGAUCCUGUGGUACUCUGGAAUAUGGCCAGCUGGUAACUUGACUUAGAAGCAUUCUGGGAUUGGAGACCUGCAGUGCAGUCCGAUCCAAGGCCAGCUGACCCUUCGCUAUGCACUGCAGGGCCUUUGCUCUAUUUGCUACCUGGUCAUCAGUUCAUUGAGUUUCAGGACUGAAGGCAUGGUAGCAUGAAGGAAAUGUAUUUCUGAGCCUUCCAGCUGGUUCCUCCAUAAACCAAAUCUGUCUUCAGAAGUUUUGAACAUCCUGUGUAACAUUUGGUUAAAUAGGGCUGUAUUUUAAUUCAAAGUUUAAGUCUCAAGAUGUUCUAUCCUGGUGAUCAUCUCCCACCAUUACAUAAUUCUGAAUUGGAUGGUGUGCCAGGGUUUUAUGGGUAGCAUAAAACAUGGGUCCCUCCAGCCAAGGAGAGGGAGCUGUUUGGACAGGAGAAAAGCACUGGGGGUCUCUUCAGAUGAAAGUUCCAGAGGGGACAUUUGCUAGUGGAAUAGAUGGCGGCAAUCAUGUCCAUUUAUAUAUUGUUUUAAAUAGCCCGAUUUAGGCGGUCUUUGUGAUUACCAGGUUUUCUUCCUCCACAUUCAGACUGUGAAAAAGUACAUUUCAGUACACAGGUUUCUUGCUGUAUUAGGCCACAGACUCUCUCAGGUAAAAUAGCAGAUUCUUCAAAGUAUCUUCUGAUACUUAUGAUAGUGGUUUGAGGUUUAUCUUCCUUCUGUUACACAAUUUUAAUUCCCUUUAUUAUUUUUAUGUAAAGAAUGAGGUGGCAACAAAAAAGGGAUUGGAGAGAAUGCUCCAGGAGGCUGGAGGGAAUAGAAAUGUGCUCCAGAGCCAUUCUGGUUGGAUACAUUAAACCAGUCCAUGAUUUAACUUGAAUUGUUGGAGGUAAAAAGGAAGAGCUAAUAGAAUUUUUGGUGCUGUGAACUAGGGCUCCCUCCAAAUAAUUUACUUGAAAUGAACUUUAAAAUAUGAACAGGAUUUUUGUGCCUGCCAGAAUUGGGCUUUGCCUGUAGUCUUGAGUGUUGAUGGGAAAACAAUAAACAAGGGGCAGCUGUCAGGUUAGAAUGGUGCUAGGUGUGGUCUUAAGCAAGUAGAUCAGCCAGGAGUGAGGAGUAGAGUAGCCUUAGAUGCAUUGGAAUAGUAGACGCAGGAGUUUCAGGAGAAUAGUAUUAGGAAUAGAAAUAGGUUUGGGUUCAAGAAUAUAGGUUGGUUAACAAUGGCUAUGAAAGAUAUAGUACAGUAGUCUUAUGGCUUCAGGGAGGUAGAACAAGGACUGAGCGUACAUAGCGGUAUAAAUAGACGGGAAGGGAGAGUUUUUUUUCUAGAACUUUUUUUAUUGUGCCUCUUGUUUUCCCACUUGCUUCUGUUUUGUUUAGAAGGUUUGGAAAGAUUCAACCAUUUACGUAAGGCUUUACCAUUUAAGAAGAGCUGUGCAGCUAAAGCCCGAUGAAAUAAAGGUGAUGUCCCUACAAGUUGGUUGCUGAGAAUGUUUGAGGAAAGAAAGUAUUGCAGUUUCUCUAGCUUGAGAGCUUGACACAACAUAUGUAAGAUGGUUAUACACUGGUGACUUCCCAUUGCUGGCAGCAUGCUGCAUAAAAUCCCAGUUUGGAGCACAAAUGUCCUCAACAAGGUGGUAGCUGCUGGCCAUGUGGCCUACAUUUGACCUGCAUAUAAAGCAUAUGCUUUCAUCAUAGCUUAUUCUGUUGCUUGGGUUGAGAAAACCUGAACAAUGACAGCUGGAAAAUGAAGAGGAUGAGCAUUAUUGGAGUUCGGCCUUUACUACGUGUGCAUGUGCAUGUAUGCACAUGUAUACAGAUGUAAAACAACGUGUAUGGAAAAAAUUUACUGUUUAGAGAAGUCUGUAAAAGAAUUUUUGGUCUGCCAGUGUGUUGUCGUUGCAUAAACUCCAUCCCUGUUACCAGCACACUCAUGGCUGAAAAUACAAGAGUUUUUCUUUUCAGCUUGGUGUAGAUUGUAUUACUUUUCCUGUGCAAGCUCACAGAACAGGGAACAAAGACCUAUGAACAGCCUGGUGCAGUAAGAAGUGCUUGAAUCUGACAAGACAGCAAAUCCCUUGUGUGUGAUUCUUUCAAGUACAAAUCACUCUGCUUUUCUCCCUGGUCAAACAUUAGUGCACACAACUGGUGUUCUUACAUGAGUCUGCAUUUCUUCCCUUUUCUCUCUCAGGUUGUCUCCUUUCUAUUGAAUCUCCCAGGUAAUGGCUGGGGCAGGCCUUUCAGCACCCUCUGAUCAUCCUACUGAUCUUGCUGCACCUCAGAGGAAUCUGUACGUUUCUCCAAAGGAGAUUAAAACAAUAUGGACUUGAUUUUUUUUUUUAAGUGUGUGUACAUAAUAUAAAUUUUUAAAAACCCAGAAAUUGAGGUAUUUAAAUAUUGUUUAAGUCAUACACAUGUAAGUCUCUCCCCUGAAUGCGCCAGAUAUUAAAUGACAGAAAACCUCAUUAAAAAAGACAGGACUCCUUUCAGCCCUUGAGUGAGUGAUGAGCAGAUGGUUCCUUCUGUGGGUAAGACUGGAGUGUCCACAAUUCCAGAUUGCUUGUUGUAAAUAAUGCACCAAAUUGGAUUGCAUAUUCAUGUGGGUUAUCUGCUGUAAAGCAUGGACAGAAAUGCAUGGUGCAGCAACUUUAGGAAUAAGCCAUGUCCACGCUGCAUGUCUUAGUUAUGCCAUAGGCACCAGACAUAAAACUUUUCCUGUGUUUUUUCAACACUACCGUUUUUCCUCCACCGUUUUAAAAUAAUAAUAAAAACCCCUUUAUUUAUAAAUGUGUGGUUUUUUUUUGUUUUUUUAUACUUUGGCUUUUGGUAAAAAUGGAUUAAAUCUUUAAAAUGUCUUUUAUAAUUAUUUGAAAAAAGGUUUUACGUUUGUGGGGUUUUUUUGCACUGUGAAGCGCCCACCUGGGGGCUGUUUUUAACUCUGUAUCCAUUUGUACUCUGUGUCUUAAAUUGUUUCAAUAAAAAUGUGAUCGUUUGUUACCAA